AUUCUCUCUAUCAAAGUCCCAAAAUUACUAUCUUUUUUUUUGGCCCCUUCAUACUUAUAAAUGGGGAGGUAUCCAUGUUGUAAAGUUGAUGAAGAUUUAAAGAAAGGACCAUGGACUCCAGAUGAAGAUGAGAAAUUGAUGGAUUAUAUUACAAAAAAUGGCCAUACUAAUUGGCAAUUAAUUCCAAAAAAAGCAGGUUUAAAUAGAUGUGGGAAAAGUUGUAGAUUAAGGUGGACUAAUUAUCUAAGACCAGAUAUUAAAAGAGGAGCAUUCUCCAUUGAAGAAGAAGAAAUCAUCAUCAACCUACAUUCUCUUCUUGGAAACAAGUGGUCAACAAUCGCAACUCAUCUCCCCGGAAGAACUGAUAAUGAAAUCAAGAAUUUCUAUAACACACAUCUGAGGAAAAAACUACUGAGAUUAGGAAUUGACCCCAGGACUCACAAACCAAUUUCUGACCUCAAUUUCCUCAUAAAUCUUUCUCAUCAGUUUACUUCUAAACAUAAUAUUAAUCAUCAUCUGAUGAAUAAUAAUAAUAAUCCCUUAGCAUAUGCUCUUAGAGUACAAGCACGUGUCACGGAAUUAGCCAAAAUUCAACAACUAUUACAAGUCCUGUUUGCACCCAUAAAUACAAAUAAUCCACUUUCUACCAAUUUUGCAACAAGUUCAAGUCAUGUUAUAACAAAUAAUGUUGCUACCAACACCCAAUUCUUGGAUUCUUUGCUAGUAAAUUCAUGUGGUACAAUACCAAAUUUGGAUAAUUCUACUUCUUGCAUUUCAAAUUCAUCAGAAUUGUCCAAUUAUCAAAGUGAAUUAAACUCAAAGGUGGAUAAUUUCGAAGGAUUAAGCAACAGUUCAUCAAAGAAACAUUUAGAUUAUAACUCAUUUCCAUCACUAAUUGCUCCUUCUUCUCCAGAUCAAGCUGAUAAUGCUCAUGUAAUUAAUCAAGAUUAUGAUCCUAAUACAUUAUCACACCUUAAUCAUGAGGGUAUUGAUGAUUCCUUCUGGAAUGACAUUUUCCAAUGA